AUGCCGAGAGAGAGCGCGCGCGAGAGCAUCUACGACAGGGCGCGAGAGCUUCUACGACAGAGAGCGCGCGCGAGAGCAUCUACGACAGGGCGCGAGAGCUUCUACGACAGAGAGCGCGCGAGAGCGUCUACGACAGAGCGCGCGAGAGCAUCUACGACAGAGAGAAAGAGCGUCUACGACAGAGCGCGUGCGAGAGAGCGUCUACGACAGAGAGCUUCUACGACAGAGCGAGAGCUUCUACGACAGCGCGCGCGCGAGAGAGCGUCUACGACAGAGAGCGGGCGAGAGAGCGAGAGCUUCUACGACAGCGCGCGCGAGAGCUUCUACGACAGCGCGCGCGAGAGCUUCUACGACAGCGCGCGCGAGAGCUUCUACGACAGCGCGCGCGAGAGCUUCUACGACAGCGCGCGCGAGAGCUUCUACGACAGCGCGCGCGAGAGCUUCUACGACAGCGCGCGAGAGCUUCUACGACAGCGCGCGCGAGAGCUUCUACGACAGCGCGCGCGAGAGCUUCUACGACAGCGCGCGCGAGAGCUUCUACGACAGAGCGCGCGCGAGAGCUUCUACGACAGAGCGCGCGCGCGAGAGCUUCUACGACAGAGCGCGCGCGCGAGAGCUUCUACGACAGAGCGCGCGCGGGAGCUUCUACGACAGAGCGCGCGCAGAGCUUCUACGACAGAGCGCGCGCGCGAGAGCUUCUACGACAGAGCGCGCGCGCGAGAGCUUCUACGACAGAGCGCGCGCGCGAGAGCUUCUACGACAGAGCGCGCGCGCGAGCUUCUACGACAGAGCGCGCGCGCGAGAGCUUCUACGACAGAGCGCGCGCGCGAGAGCUUCUACGACAGAGAGCGGCGCGAGAGCUUCUACGACAGCGCGCGAGAGCUUCUACGACAGCGCGCGAGAGCUUCUACGACAGCGCGCGAGAGCUUCUACGACAGCGCGCGAGAGCUUCUACGACAGCGCGCGCGAGCUUCUACGACAGCGCGCGAGCUUCUACGACAGCGCGCGAGAGCUUCUACGACAGCGCGCGCGAGAGCUUCUACGACAGCGCGCGAGAGCUUCUACGACAGCGCGCGCGAGAGCUUCUACGACAGCGCGCGCGAGAGCUUCUACGACAGCGCGCGCGAGAGCUUCUACGACAGCGCGCGCGAGAGCUUCUACGACAGCGCGCGCGAGAGCUUCUACGACAGCGCGCGAGAGCGAGAGCGAGAACUUCUACGACAGAGCGCGCGCGCGAGAGCUUCUACGACAGAGCGCGCGCGCGAGAGCUUCUACGACAGAGAGAGCGAGCGCGCGAGAGCUUCUACGACAGAGCGAGCGCGCGCGAGAGCUUCUACGACAGAGCGAGCGCGCGCGAGAGCUUCUACGACAGCGCGCGCGAGAGCUUCUACGACAGCGCGCGAGAGCGAGAGCGAGAACUUCUACGACAGAGCGCGCGCGCGAGAGCGAGAGCUUCUACGACAGAGCGCGCGCGCGAGAGCUUCUACGACAGAGCGCGCGCGCGAGAGCUUCUACGACAGAGCGAGCGCGCGCGAGAGCUUCUACGACAGAGCGCGCGCGAGAGCUUCUACGACAGAGCGCGCGAGAGCUUCUACGACAGAGAGCGCGCGCGCGCGCGAGAGCUUCUACGACAGAGCUUCUACGACAGAGCGCGAGAGCUUCUACGACAGAGCGCGCGCGCGCGAGAGCUUCUACGACAGAGCGCGCGCGCGAGAGCUUCUACGACAGAGCGCGCGAGAGCGUCUACGACAGAGAGAGAGCGUCUACGACAGAGCGAGCGUCUACGACAGAGUCUACGACAGAGAGCGCGAGCUUCUACGACAGCGCGCGCGAGAGAGCGUCUACGACAGAGAGCGGGCGAGAGAGCGAGAGCUUCUACGACAGCGCGCGCGAGAGCUUCUACGACAGAGCGCGCGCGAGCUUCUACGACAGAGCGCGCGCGCGAGAGCUUCUACGACAGAGCGCGCGCGCGAGAGCUUCUACGACAGAGCGCGCGCGCGAGAGCUUCUACGACAGAGCGCGCGCGCGAGAGCUUCUACGACAGAGCGCGCGCGCGAGAGCUUCUACGACAGAGAGCGGGCGAGAGCUUCUACGACAGCGCGCGCGAGAGAGCUUCUACGACAGCGCGCGCGCAGAGCUUCUACGACAGAGCGCGCGCGCCAGAGCUUCUACGACAGAGCGCGCGCGCGAGAGCUUCUACGACAGAGCGCGCGCGCGAGAGCUUCUACGACAGAGCGCGCGCGCGAGAGCUUCUACGACAGAGCGCGCGCGCGCGAGAGCUUCUACGACAGAGGCGCGCGAGAGCUUCUACGACAGAGCGCGCGCUCGAGAGCUUCUACGACAGAGCGCGCGAGAGCGUCUACGACAGAGAGAGAGAGCGUCUACGACAGAGCGAGCGUCUACGACAGAGAGCGCGAGCUUCUACGACAGCGCGCGCGCGCGAGAGAGCGUCUACGACAGAGAGCGGGCGAGAGAGCGAGAGCUUCUACGACAGCGCGCCCGAGAGAUUCUACGACAGAGCGAGAGCUUCUACGACAGCGCGCGCGAGAGCGAGAGCUUCUACGACAGAGCGCGAGCUUCUACGACAGCGCGCACGAGAGCUUCUACGACAGCGCGCGCGAGAGCUUCUACGACAGAGCGCGCGAGAGCUUCUACGACAGAGCGCGCGAGAGCUUCUACGACAGAGCGCGCGAGAGCUUCUACGACAGAGCGAGAGCUUCUACGACAGAGCGCGCGAGAGCUUCUACGACAGAGAGCGGGCGAGAGAGCGAGAGCUUCUACGACAGAGCGCGCGAGAGCUUCUACGACAGAGCGAGAGCUUCUACGACAGCGCGCGCGAGAGCUUCUACGACAGAGCGCGCGAGAGCUUCUACGACAGAGCGCGCAAGAGCUUCUACGACAGAGCGCGCAAGAGCUUCUACGACAGAGCGCGCGAGAGCUUCUACGACAGAGCGCGCGAGAGAGCUUCUACGACAGAGCGCGCGCGCGAGAGCUUCUACGACAGAGCGCGCGCGCGAGAGCUUCUACGACAGAGCGCGCGAGAGCUUCUACGACAGAGCGCGCGAGAGCUUCUACGACAGGGCGCGAGAGAGCGUUUACGACAGAGAGAGAGAGAGCGUCUACGACAGAGCGCGCGCGAGAGAGUGUCUACGACAGAGAGCGCGCGAGAGAGCGUCUACGACAGAGCGCGCGAGAGAGCGUCUACGACAGAGCGCGCGAGAGAGCGUCUACGACAGAGAGCGCGCACGACAGAGAGCGUCUAUGACAGAGCGAGAGCUUCUACGACAGCGCGCGCGCGAGAGAGCAUCUACGACAGAGAGCGGGCGAGAGAGCGAGAGCUUCUACGACAGCGCGCGCGAGAGCUUCUACGACAGAGCGAGAGCUUCUACGACAGCGCGCGCGAGAGCGAGAGCUUCUACGACAGAGCGCGCGAGAGCUUCUACGACAGAGCGAGAGCUUCUACGACAGAGCGCGAGCUUCUACGACAGAGCGCGCGAGAGCUUCUACGACAGAGCGCGCGACAGCUUCUACGACAGAGCGCGCGAGAGCUUCUACGACAGAGCGCGCGAGAGCUUCUACGACAGAGCGCGCGAGAGCUUCUACGACAGAGCGCGCGCGAGAGAGCUUCUACGACAGAGCGCGCGCGAGAGAGCUUCUACGACAGAGAGCGCGCGAGAGCUUCUACGACAGAGAGCGCGCGAGAGCUUCUACGACAGAGAGCGCGCGAGAGCGUCUACGACAGAGCGUGCGAGAGCGUCUACGACACAGAGAGAGAGCGUCUACGACAGAGCGCGCGCGAGAGAGCGUCUACGACAGAGAGAGUGUGCGAGAGAGCGUCUACGACAGAGAGAGCGUGCGAGAGAGCGUCUACGACAGAGAGAGCGUGCGAGAGAGCGUCUACGACAGAGCGCGCGAGAGAGCGUCUACGACAGAGAGCGCGCACGACAGAGAGCGUCUACGACAGAGCGAGAGCUUCUACGACAGCGCGCGCGCGAGAGAGCGUCUACGACAGAGAGCGGGCGAGAGAGCGAGAGCUUCUACGACAGCGCGCGCGAGAGCUUCUACGACAGCGAGAGCUUCUACGACAGAGCGCGCGAGAGCUUCUACGACAGAGCGGACGGACGGGCGGGGACGGACGGAGGACGGGGGGACGGACGGACGGACGGACGGGGCGACGGACGGACGGAGGCGGACGGGCGGGACGAGACGGAGCGGACGGACGGGGGGACGGACGGACGGAGGGCGGACGGGCGACGGACGGGGACGGACGGGGCGGACGGGCGGACGGGGGAGGGGACGGACGGGGGACGGACGGACGGACGGGGGCGACGGACGGACGGACGGACGGGACGGGGCGAGGCGGACGGACGGACGGGGCGACGGACGGACGGACGGACGGGACGGACGGGCGGGACGGGCGGCGGAGCGGACGGACGGGCGGACGGAGGCGGGCGGGACGGACGGACGGACGGACGGACGGACGGGGACGGGGGCGAGGCGGGCGGGCGGGCGGACGGACGGACGGGCGGGCGACGGACGGGGGCGACCUGA